AUGGUCGCGUUGAGUUUGAUCAUGACACUGUUAUGUCUACGAAUAUCUGAUAUAUAUUCAGCACCCUUGCAGUUGCAAUUACUUCAGCCUUAUCAAAGACUACUGAUGCAGCCCCAAGUACAGAACAUUCAACAGCAAUUAAUGGAAUUACAGGCAAUGCAACAGUUAAAUCAAAUGAAUAACCCACUUCCACCACUACUAUUUUUUCUACCAGAACAUCAAACGAAUAUGAACGUAGAAGAAAAACAAAAUACUAAUAACAAUAUUGAUAACGAACUAAAAUUAAGAGAUUAUAAUACGAAAUCAAACGAUGAAGAUUCAGACUCAGUUGUAAUUAAUGCUGAGCCGAUACCAGUUAUUGAAGAACAGAAGGCUAUUUUAAUGCUUCCAAAUGGAAGAUUAUCUAUCGGAGACUUCAUUUCAGCCAUACCCUUUUUACCGAUUGAAAUUAAUGUACCUGAUACGAUUUCUUGGGCAUAUAACGGUAUUGCUAAUGGAAUAUCCGGUAUUAUAUCCAUCAUUGGUCAAAGGUUACCCUUUCAAAGGCCUUCAACGGAUGCAUCAACUAAAGGCAUUAGCUUGAAAACGUUACUCAAUAACUUGCAAAUAAGGAACGAAAGGGAAAACAUGAUGAGACCUAUUAAUAUGAUGAUGCCAUUAAAUGGCUAUAACAGGCCGAUAUUGCCAGUACAAUUGUGAAUAAAAGUUAUUCGAUUUUUGCAGUUCCCACUAGUAUAUAAAAA